AUGCUGUCGUUCCGGUCUCUAUUCGUCUCGUCGUUGGGUGUCAGCGCCCUCGUCGCGACAGCCUCGGCUGCCGUGGGCGCGCAGGCUAACCCAAUUGCACCCAAGGUGUUUAUUGUUUCAAUGUUCGAACCCGAGGCUGAGGCCUGGUGGAACAUCCCGGAAUUUAACCUGCUGGCCCACAACAUCUCCGUCCCGGGCCUGUCGCCCACCUAUCCCGACGUCCACUGCUCGGAGGAUUAUGAGAUUUGCCAGCUCAUCACUGGCGAGGCCGAGAUCAAUGCGGCCGUGACUGUCGCGUCGGUCGCCUUCUCACCCCAGUUCAACCUCACCCAAACAUACUUCUUCGUAGCGGGCAUUGCAGGCGUCAACCCGAAGCGCACCACCACCGGCUCCGCCACGUUUGCGCGGUACGCGGUGCAGGUGGCCCUUCAGUACGAAUUUGAUAUCCGCGAGCUGCCGAGCAACUACUCGACAGGCUACGUCCCACUGGGUUCCCAGUACCCGAACCAGUACCCGACGUUGAUCUACGGCACCGAGGUCUUCGAGGUCAAUGCCAACCUCCGCAGCAUCGCCGCUGGUUUCGCCCGCCGUGCAAAUCUGUCGGACUCGGCCACUGCCAGGGCCUAUCGUCCUCACUAUAAGACCCCGAGCGGUCUGUACAAGGCGGCGACUUUGCCCCCGAGUAUUGUGGAGUGUGAUACGGCCACGUCGGAUGUCUACUACAGUGGCAAUCUCCUCGCAACAGCAUUUGAGAACACUACCAAACUGUUCACUAACGGCACGGGCGACUACUGCUCGAGUGCUCAAGAGGAUAACGCCACCCUGGAGGUUCUGCUGCGGUCGUCGGUUCACAAUCUCACAGACUUUUCUCGCAUUAUCGUGAUGCGUACUGCUUCCGACUUCGACAGACCCUACCCCGGAUCGACUGCUACGCACAACCUGUUCGAAUCUUCUGUUCAAGGUGGCUUUGAGCUGGCCCUCGAGAACAUCUACCGCGCCGGAAUUGAGGUUGUCCAGGGAAUCCUGAAAGAGUGGGAUACGACGUUUGCCGACGGAGUGAAGCCGAGCAACUACAUCGGCGACAUCUUCGGAACACUUGGUGGCACCCCGGACUUUGGGCCCGGUGUGGAGCAAUCCCUCGAGGAGAGCGGUGCCUAUAAGAAGCGCAGCGUCCGCCGUUUUGCUCGCCGCAGUUAA